AAAACAACGUAGUCCUCACGCGUUCUUUGACGAUCCACCAAGACAUUCAGUUUCCUUAUUUCUGACCUUUCUUCAUCCUUUCCCCGAACCCUAGCUCCAAAUUCCCCCAAUUCUCUCUUUCAUCUCCAUUUCCCUCGAAAUAAUGAAUUUCCCACAUCUUUGAGGUGGGAUUCUCCGUGUUUCCUUUCCCCGAUUUGAUUUUCGAUUCCCGAUUCUUGGAACCCAAACAUGUAUAGUAAUUUCAAGGAACAGGCGAUAGAGUACGUGAAACAGGCCGUUCAAGAAGACAAUGCUGGGAAUUACAGUAAGGCGUUUCCUCUGUACAUGAACGCUUUGGAGUACUUCAAAACCCACCUCAAGUACGAGAAAAACCCUAAGAUCAAGGAAGCGAUUACGCAGAAAUUUACCGAGUAUUUGCGCCGAGCGGAGGAGAUUCGCGCCGUGCUCGAUGACGGUGGCGCAGGGCCAGCGUCUAACGGGGACGCGGCUGUAGCCACCAGACCGAAGACGAAGCCCAAGGAUGGGGAGGGCGGGGAUGGGGAGGAUCCGGAGCAGGCUAAGCUGCGAUCGGGGCUCAAUUCGGCGAUCAUCCGGGAGAAGCCUAAUGUGAAGUGGAGCGAUGUGGCUGGGCUGGAGAGUGCGAAACAGUCUUUGCAGGAGGCAGUGAUUUUGCCGGUGAAGUUUCCGCAGUUUUUUACUGGAAAGAGACGACCAUGGAGGGCUUUUCUGUUAUAUGGUCCACCAGGAACAGGAAAAUCAUACCUAGCCAAGGCUGUUGCAACCGAAGCAGAUUCUACAUUUUUCAGUGUCUCUUCUUCAGACCUGGUUUCAAAGUGGAUGGGUGAAAGUGAAAAGUUAGUUUCAAAUCUUUUUCAAAUGGCUCGGGAGAGUGCUCCUUCCAUCAUCUUCAUUGAUGAAAUAGACUCCUUAUGUGGCCAGCGAGGAGAGUCAAAUGAGAGUGAAGCUUCUCGACGUAUCAAAACAGAACUACUUGUGCAGAUGCAGGGUGUAGGACACAAUGAUCAGAAGGUCCUUGUUCUUGCCGCCACAAAUACUCCUUAUGCCCUGGAUCAGGCCAUUCGACGGAGAUUUGACAAGCGUAUAUAUAUUCCUCUUCCAGAUCUGAAGGCUCGACAGCACAUGUUCAAAGUGCAUCUUGGAGAUACUCCUCACAACUUGACUGAAAGUGAUUUUGAAAGCUUAGCUCAGAAGACAGAAGGGUUUUCUGGUUCAGAUAUUGCUGUUUGUGUUAAAGAUGUACUGUUUGAACCUGUUCGGAAAACCCAAGAUGCAAUGUUUUUCAUUAAUACUCCAAAUGAUAUGUGGGUACCAUGUGGACCAAAGCAACCAGGGGCAGUACAAAUCUCCAUGCAGGAUCUUGCUGGAAAAGGACUUGCUUCAAAGAUCCUUCCACCCCCCAUCACAAAGAAUGAUUUUGAUAAGGUACUGGCAAGACAAAGGCCGACUGUGAGCAAAUCUGACCUUGAGGUGCACGAGAGAUUCACACAGGAGUUUGGAGAGGAAGGCUGAUGGAGUCCACAAGAGAAGGAACCGCAUAAACACACAGCUGGGUGUGAGUGCAGUUAUUAUAAUUUGUAUUGUGAUUGUUACUGCUGGGUCCAGUGGAAUUUAUCCCUUCUAUUUAGUUUCUUCCAGUGGGUAAGGUGACAUCUGUAUUGAUACGAAAACACUGGUUUGUUACCUUGAAAACUGCUUGUUUUUUAUUUGGGUAAAGAAGAGUUUUAUCAGAAUAUUUUCUCAAAUAAUGAUCUUGAAUAUGGUAUGCUUAUGUUA